CUCCACUUGAUAGAUUAUAAAGGAUCCACCAUCUUGUUUUUCCUAUAAAUACGCUCACUUGGAUCCUUUCAAUUAACAUAUAGUAAACACAUUUUUCGUUGAAUAUUCAUGGAUAUAUUCAACACCCUUGUUUGUGCACUUUCAUUGCUAUCACUUUUCAACCUUAAUCUCGUCGAAUCAUCUCACCAUGUUUUUCUGCACUUACAAUCCAAAUCCAAGCAUGUGGUUGAUGUCAAGCAACAAGGCAGGACUGGUUAUCAUUUCCAACCACCCAAACAUUGGAUAAACGAUCCAAAUGGACCAAUGUACUUCAACGGAAUAUACCACCUGUUCUACCAAUACAACCCAAAGGGAGCAGUGUGGGGCAACAUCGUGUGGGCCCACUCGGUAUCUAAAGACCUGAUAAACUGGCACGCCUUAGAGCCCGCCAUCUUCCCUUCCAAGCCCUUCGACCAGUUCGGUUGCUGGUCUGGCUCCGCCACCGUCCUCCCUGGCAACAAGCCCGUCAUCCUCUACACUGGCAUCGUCGACUCCAACAACACCCAGGUCCAGAACUUUGCAGUCCCGGCCAACCUCUCUGACCCCUUCCUCCGCCACUGGAUCAAGCCCGACAGCAACCCUCUCAUCGUGGCAGAUGACUUCGUCAACAAGACCUCCUUCCGCGACCCCACCACCGCAUGGAUGGCCCCCGACGGCCAAUGGCGGAUCACCAUCGGGGGGCGGAGGAAGCACAGGGGGAUGUCCUUCUUGUACCGCAGCAGGGACUUCUUCCGCUGGACUAAGGCCAAGCACCCCCUUCAUUCCAUGGCCGCCACCGGCAACUGGGAGUGCCCUGACUUUUUCCCCGUCUCCACCAACGGCUUCGCUGGCUUGGACGCUUCUGUCAUUGGUCCUAAGGUCAAGCAUGUGUUCAAAGUCAGCCUUGACCUCACUAGAUAUGAGUAUUACACUAUUGGGACGUAUGAUCUUGAGAGUGAUAGGUAUGUUCCCGAUAAGGAUAUGAUCGAUGGAUGGAACGGGCUGAGGUUCGAUUAUGGCAACUUUUACGCGUCCAAGUCCUUCUUUGAUCCGAGUAAGAACCGGAGGAUCUUGUGGGGUUGGGCGAAUGAGUCAGAUUCUACUGAUAAGGAUGUGGAGAAAGGCUGGGCUGGUAUUCAGCUUAUUCCUCGGACUAUUGUGCUUGAUCCGAGCGGGAAGCAGCUGCUGCAGUGGCCGAUUGAAGAACUGGAGUCGCUGAGGGCGGAGAACAUGGAGUUGGGCAAUUUCGAGCUCGAGCAGGGAGAGAAGGUCGAGAUCGAACAGAUAACAGCUGCACAGGCUGAUGUGGAGGUGACGUUUAUGUUUGAUAGCUUGGACAAGGCUGAGCCGUUUAACGAGAGCUGGGAUAGAUAUGACGCGGAGGAGAUCUGCCGUGAGAAGAAAUCGACUGUUGGAGGAGGAUUGGGACCGUUUGGGCUGGCGACGUUGGCUUCUAAGAAGUUGGAGGAGUUCACUCCUGUCUUCUUCAGAAUCUUCAAGGAUAAGGACAAGCAUCUAGUUCUUAUGUGCUCUGAUGCAUCCAUGUCAUCCAUAGAGGAAGACAAAACCAAAAUGGUGGAUGGGAAGGAUGCAUAUAGGCCCUCUUUUGGAGGAUUUGUUAAUGUAGACUUGAAAGACAUGAAGAUUUCUCUUAGGAGUUUGAUUGAUAACUCUGUGGUGGAGAGCUUUGCUGCGGGAGGAAAGACUGUCAUUACUUCUAGAGUGUAUCCCACCAUGGCAUUGUAUGGAGAUGCUCAUUUGUACGCAUUCAACAAUGGAACCGAAACUAUCCAAAUCGAGAGCUUGAGUGCGUGGAGCAUGGACAAACCCGACCAUAUGAAUCAGGAACUCAAGGAUUAACAUAGUUUCUUAUAAACAUGUAAUAUCAUCUUGGACUUAUCUACUAGGAGCAUACCUACUCAUUUUGUAUCUAAUAAUGUGAACUACAACUAAUUAUUGGUAUCUCAUUUGAUGAGAAAGUGGCCA